UCAGGCGGCCGCCGAGGCGCGGGGCGCAGGUGCAUCCGUUUCCUCAGGGCCAGGGGCGCCUCCCGCCGCCGCCGUGCCCGGGGCGCAACGCCCAGUGCCGGUCCGGUCCCCGCCCGCAGUGUGAGAGUCGCUCGUUGCGGUGGCCCCGACGGAGGGCGAGGGGAGGGAGAAGACCCAAGACCUGCGCGGGGAGGACGCGCCAGCUGGCGGAGAGGAGGGCGUGGAGGCAGCCCCGUCACGGGAGGAGGAGGAGGCGGCGACGAGGAGGAGGAGAAGCCGGCGCGGAGCCUCGCCUCGCCUCGCGGCGCCUCGCAGCCCCUCCGCCGUUACCACCUCGCCGUCGCUGGCCGCCGGAGAUACCGACGGCCGCCCGUCCUCAUGAUGGCUUCAACCGCCACCUGCACCCGGUUCAGCGACGAGUACCAGCUCUUCGAGGAGCUCGGGAAAGGGGCAUUCUCCGUCGUGAGGAGGUGUAUGAAAAUCACCACAGGACAAGAGUACGCUGCCAAGAUUAUCAACACCAAAAAGCUUUCAGCUAGGGAUCACCAGAAACUGGAAAGAGAAGCUAGAAUCUGUCGCCUCUUGAAGCAUCCCAAUAUUGUGCGGCUUCAUGACAGCAUAUCAGAAGAAGGAUUCCAUUACUUAGUCUUUGACUUAGUCACGGGAGGUGAAUUAUUUGAAGAUAUAGUUGCAAGAGAAUAUUACAGUGAAGCAGAUGCCAGUCAUUGCAUUCAGCAGAUCCUGGAGGCCGUGCUACACUGCCAUCAGAUGGGCGUAGUCCAUCGCGACCUCAAGCCUGAGAACUUACUUCUAGCUAGCAAAUCCAAGGGAGCAGCAGUAAAACUGGCGGACUUUGGAUUAGCUAUAGAAGUCCAAGGAGAACAACAGGCUUGGUUUGGCUUUGCUGGUACUCCAGGAUACCUUUCUCCAGAGGUGUUACGAAAAGAUCCUUAUGGAAAACCUGUGGAUAUGUGGGCAUGUGGUGUCAUUCUGUAUAUCCUCCUGGUGGGGUAUCCUCCAUUCUGGGAUGAAGACCAGCACAGGCUUUAUCAGCAAAUCAAGGCUGGUGCUUAUGAUUUUCCCUCACCAGAAUGGGAUACAGUGACUCCUGAGGCAAAAGACCUUAUCAAUAAAAUGCUUACUAUCAACCCAGCAAAACGUAUCACAGCGUCAGAAGCACUGAAGCAUCCAUGGAUCUGUCAACGUUCUACUGUUGCCUCUAUGAUGCACAGACAAGAGACUGUAGAUUGCUUGAAGAAAUUCAAUGCAAGAAGAAAACUAAAGGGUGCCAUUUUGACAACUAUGCUGGCUACCAGAAAUUUCUCAGCAGCCAAGAGUUUACUGAAAAAGCCAGAUGGAGUUAAGAAAAGGAAGUCCAGUUCGAGUGUUCAGAUGAUGAUAAACAACAAAACGAACGUGGUAACCAGCCCCAAGGAAAAUAUUCCUACCCCGGCGCUGGAGCCCCAAACUACAGUAAUCCACAACCCUGAUGGAAAUAAGGAGUCAACAGAGAGUUCCAAUACAACCAUUGAAGAUGAGGAUGUGAAAGCUCGUAAGCAGGAGAUUAUCAAGGUUACCGAGCAGUUGAUUGAAGCUAUCAACAACGGGGACUUUGAAGCUUACACAAAAAUCUGCGAUCCAGGCCUUACAUCUUUUGAACCUGAAGCGUUGGGUAAUCUAGUAGAAGGGAUGGACUUUCACCGGUUUUACUUUGAAAAUGCUUUAUCAAAAAGUACCAAACCAAUCCACACCAUUAUCCUCAAUCCUCAUGUGCACUUGGUGGGCGACGAUGCUGCUUGCAUUGCAUAUAUCCGGCUCACACAGUACAUGGAUGGGAGCGGGAUGCCAAAGACUAUGCAGUCAGAGGAAACGCGCGUCUGGCACCGUCGUGAUGGGAAGUGGCAGAAUGUUCAUUUUCACCGUUCAGGUUCACCAACAGUACCUAUCAAUGCCUAGCACAGCGGGAUCCCAAUCACGACUUCGGCCCCUAGAUGCUACGCUAAAAAUAUCAGCGGUGCCGCUCUUGCAUUUUCUGUACCCAACGCACCUGGUUGAUUACCAUCUUGGCCAUCCCGUUCUCUUCAUGCAUGUUUCUGAGUGCAUGAAGUUGUGAAGGUUCUUCAUGUAACACAUUUGUGAUGCACCAUGUUGCUGUAUGUACCAUCCGUACACUGUUAACAUUUCAAUGAAGGUGAUGUUCCAUGCAAAUAGAGAAUAACAAGGCUUAAAAGACAAAAAAAUGUUUGAUGGACAGCAGUAGAUACAGAAUACAUGUGUCACUUUCUCCAUUUAUGCCAAGUUUUAACAGAGAACUUUAAAAAUAAUCCUGUUUAUUAAAAAAAAAAAAAAAAAAAAAGAAAAAGUACAUUUUACCCUCUUUUUUUAAGAACUGUUUUUUGACGACUCCUUCUCCCGCAAGUCCCAGGAUUUUGCUUUGGUUCUGGUAGGAUUGGUUAGGAUUUCCGCUGGCAGUUCCAUUACUGUAAAGCAGGUUUUAAUUACAGCAUGUAGAUGGAUGAAAUUACUGAUAAAUGUGGAAGUGAUAAUACCUUGGCUUUGUACCAGCUGAAGCCUUCUUAGUUUAUUAGUCUGUGUAAACUGGAAAAAUCUCAUCACUUGCUGGCUUGAUCACUUCAGAAUUAACUGCUGAUGUUUUAGUGAGCCAGCAUUUUCUUUCUUUUGAGUCUCUACCUUUGCUUUCUUACUAUGCUAAUUGAAUAUUUCUAUUGGAUGACUAAGCCAAAUUAAAAAUUGUAAGGAACAAAGUGAUGAUCAAGGGGCAGUUUUUGAGGAUUCAAAUGGAAAAAUAGAGAAAGAGAGAUUUUUAUCACUUCUAGGGUGUACUAUAAAUUUUUUAAGGAGGCUUUAAAACAUGUAACAUUUUGAUUAAGCUAUAGACCAGGUGUGUGGUUAAUACACUCCAGAAAUAUUAGGCCUUAAAAGCUUAGUAUGAAGACUUUACUUACUUUACACUGCUGCUCUUGCUUCUCUGGAAAUGUGUUAUGGAUACACCAGUUUUCUAGUAGGACUCUCACACUGUACCACAGAUGGGUUUCUCCCCCCUCAAUCCGCUCUUGGUUUCUUGACGUUCUCACGCAGCCUACAGCACCAAGGACAACAGUCUUCACAGCAUCACCACCGUGGCUUGGUGGCUGGACGCUCAUACGCUGUGUGGGGAGUGCUCUCGGUUCCAAAUGCAACCUUUGUAACGGGGACUACUUUUGCUUCCUUUACAUUGCUGUGAAAACACAUCCCUGCAAGCAGUUAGGUUUAUUCCCUUUCAGUUUUUAAACUGGGAAAGUUUCCUGAUUUGUACCAUUUCACCUUUCUGUGUUGAUUACUAAUCAAAAGCAGUUCUUAAACAUUUUGAUGUUGUUACUAGUGGAUGUAUGGUAGAUGGAUUUAAGCUUCUCUGAUAAUUACUUCAUGAUUUUAAACAAUAUAUAUUUAAAAUAAGCAUCUACAAUAAAUGUGUUGAGCCAUAUUAACCUGCCAAUGGGAUCUGUGAUAAAAGUAAUGGCCUCAUUUUUUUCUCAUUAAUUUCUUUACUUUCUUUUUUUUUUUUUUUUUUUGGUGAAGCGGCUAUAAGUGGCAUAACUGUAUUUAAAAUUAACAAAUUAGGUGUAGGGUGUUUUUUUUUAUACUUCUAACAUAGCAUGUGGUGUUGACGUAAUACUGUAGGCCAAGUUUGUCUUCCACACCAAGAUGUGAGGAAAUUGUGAUUUGUUCUCUCCACCACAACCAAGUUACACACUUCUGUCAUUUUGGAACACUGCAGUUUACCAUGGGACACAGUGUACAUAUUUCUUGCCAUAAUGGUAAAUGAUUGAUAUAUUUAAGGAUUAAUAAAUUUGUGAUUUCUGCUGA